GAGUCGCUGAUGGCAUAAAACAGACCGUUGUCGCUACUGUGACUCGUGUCCCUUUACCCGACUGCACAGAGCCAGAGACACUGACAACGCUGGGGAGUGACUGCUGGGUCGAAAAGAAAAACUUGGCUCAGAGAGAGAAAGGGAGGGAUAGAGGAAGAGAGAGAGGGGGAGGGAGAGAGAGGGGGCGCGAAAAGGAGAUUAAGACAGUGGCGAAGAAGUUGAGAGGGAGACGAAAAGACUGGACACGUGAAACGAGGUAAGAAUACGUAAGAAAGACAAUACGUUGAGUGAACAGAAAAAGAGACACACGGAGAAGAAAUAAAAAGAGACAGAAGUAAUUUAUAAAAGACAGAAAGAACAAGAACGCGAGAGACAAAGAGAAAGCACAGAAAGCUCUUGCACGGAAGUCGCACGCAAGGGACAUAACUGUAACGCCAACGCAACAUGAACGUGUUCAUGGAGUCGCUCGCCCCUGGUCCGGGCCAGUAUGACGUCAACGACAGUCUCCGGGGAGAGGCAGAGGCGUACCUGGGCGGGGAGGACAACAUGACCAGCGGUAUCCUCGCCGGGACCGCCACGGUGGGCACUGACGGAGUCGCUGUGACCACAGCCGCGCAGCAAGACAUCGACAGGGCUCGCGCCAAUUUUCUCAAGUUCAUAGUCUGGGGCAUCAUGGGAAGCAUCCUUGCAGCGCUCGGUUUCCUGGGCAACACACUGUCCAUGGUGGUGCUACAGCAGCGACAGAUGCGUUCGUCCACCUCCUACUACCUUCUCUCGCUCGCCAUCUACGACAACUGUGUCCUGCUCGGCAUGACUCUCUACUUCAUCCUCCCCGCCCUCGCGCCCUACAGACCCGAGCUCACGGACUACCACUCCACCUUCGCGCUCACCAUCCCCGUGGGCUACCCGCUCUCGCUGUCUGCUCAGAUGGGCUCCAUUUACACGUGUGUGGGCUUCACGGUUGAGCGCUUUAUCGCGGUUUGCAGGCCGCUGCACGUGGCCAACACGUGCACGAAGUCGAGGACACUGAGAGCCAUCCUGCUCGUGUUUAUCUGGGCAAUCCUCUACAACAUCCCCAGAUUUUUUCAUUACGAGUUGGAAUACGUCACAGUGCCGGAGGCGAGCGGAGCCGGAAGCGUUGUCAACGCAACAGUUGAGACAUUGACAGAAAAUACUUUAGAUAUUGGGCUACAGCACACCGGGUGUAAUACAACAGCUAUCUUCGGGGGGUCGGGAUGGAGCUACAACGGCACGGGUUAUGGCCCCUGCCCACCAGGCACGGAAUGGGGGGCGGGGCUAGAGGUCAACUCCAGCCACGACAUCGGGAGCCCCACUGCGGCGCUGUUCACCAGAGACCUCAUACAGGACGCAGCAUCGGACAUGAGUAGAGGAGCCACGCUCGUCGAGUCCGCAGCCGAAGCAGCAUCACCAUCAAGUGCCACACCCAUCACCAUCACCACCACCACCAGCAGCAGUAGCAGUAGCAGUAGUAGCACAGUGCCCCCCGCCCCCAAAUCUGUGAUCAGGUACUCGGAAACGGAGUUCGGUCUUGACCCCACAUUUCAGCACAUUUACCUCAUUUACUCUCACUUGUUCUUCAUGUUCCUGCUGCCCUUCCUCAUCAUCCUCGUUAUGAACGUGGGUCUGAUCCGAGCGGUCAAGAGGUCAAAGUCCAUGCGUCAGUCGAUGUCAGCCUCGGCCAGCAAGGAACACAACCUCACAGUGAUGCUCAUAGCCGUCAUUGUGGUCUUCCUCGUGUGCCAGUUCCCAACUAUCGUGGACAACAUUCUGGUGGCGAUGGUGGGGGAGAAGCAGCUAAAGCAGCAUUACACCUACAUGUGUUUCUACAUCAUCUGCACGUUCAUGGUGGAGAUCAACGCGGCCUCCAACUUCUUGCUCUACUGUUUCUUCGGCAAGAAGUUCCGCAUGACAUUCCUCUCCAUCCUGGGCCUCAAGCGUAAACAGCACCACGUAGCCUACAGGAGCACCGUGUGUCGCUCCAAGACUAACGGCACGCGCGUCUACGACAUGGAGGUCUCUGUCAUGUGACGUCAUCACGUGGGGGAUCUCUGUCACGUGACAUCAUCGUCACCCGUCCGAGAGAUGGAGAUUUCUGUCAUGUGACAUCCUCCAGACUGACGAGGACAUUUUUUUUCGUGGCCUGACGUCAUCGGCUGCUGGGCAUCUGGAGACCUUCGUCAAGUGACGUCAUGGUCUGCCCCCGUCAUGAACAUCUCUGUCUCAUCGCGCUCAGAAAAUCCCUGCUGUGACGUCAUCGAGCACAGACGACGUCGGUUCGUCCAGCAAAAAUGACAACAAAACCUGUCUGUUACAAGGACAGGCAUGCAUUGUUCUACACUCUAUUCAACACAAACAAGAUCAUUCUUCGACCUGCCUGUGGGCCACAGAAUCCCUACAAAAGACGCAGAUAUUCGAGUAAAAGAAUUUUUCCCACUUGGAAAUCAGACUCGCGAAUUCUGUAUUCUUGGGUUUGGGCCUAACCACUACACCACACGUCGGACUACAACAACAAAGUUCCCGCUACAUAGCGAGAUCAUUCUGGAAAUUCCCAUCACGCGACAUUAGACGUCAGAUCGACACAACCCGUCGCUGGGAGCUGAACAUACUACGUCAUUUCGCGUUUACAACAAAACAACGAGGCUAGUUCAUAACGUCUUCGUCUCAAAACAAUGUCCUUGUUCUUUUGGAUUUUGACCAAAGAGAAGCACAUCGACACGAUGCAUGUCAUUUAGUGUUGUGAAAGGGCAAACAUAUCGA